ACCACCUGUGGAGAUCCUGGAACACCUCUGUUUGGAAACCAGAACAACACCCAAGGCUACCAGAUCAGCAGUACAGUAUUGUUCAGCUGUAGGAAGGGCUACCUGCUACAAGGCUCCACAACACGCUCCUGUCUCCCAAACCUCACCUGGAAUGGCUUCCAACCAGAGUGUAUAGCCCACCACUGUAGCCAGCCAGAGAUGCCCACCCAGGUGGAUGUGUCUGCCAUAGAGUUGCCGUCCCUCGGUUACACCCUGAUCUACACCUGUCAGCCAGGCUUUUACCUGGCCGAGGGGUCAGAACACAGAACCUGUCGGGGUGACGGGAGCUGGACCGGGAAGCAACCUGUCUGUGCUGCUGAUAUCCGUCCCAGUGGGAAUACAGUGGGGACCGUCCAGGAGCCGCCCAAUCCUAAACUACCAGUCCCGGUUGGUGUGUUUGCUAAGAACAGCCUGUGGAGAGGAUCUUAUGAGUACCUGGGGAAGAAGCAGCCGGCCAUGCUGAGCAUUACCUCCUAUGAAGCCUUCAACCAGCGAGUUAAUGGAACUCUCAUCGACCACAGUGGGGUGGAACUCAAACUGGCUG